CUCGCUCUAAGUUUGCCCUAAACAAUUCGAGUUUUCUUGUAAGUUGUUGUAGCUCCAUCCCUUUUGCCUAACCUAUCACCAUCCAAACAAUCAUAUCGAAACAUUUAUUUGGUACCUUGUAAACUAUGUAUUUGGAAUUUUGGUGAAUUUUUAAGGGAGUGGCUGAUAAAUAAAGGGUCACAUAAUAAUCGGGCCUUUACGAGCUGCCUAGACCACACGACAUGAUGGGUCGGGAUCAUUCCCUCUUUGUUCUAGUGUUUUUCUUCCAUUUCUUCGAAAAGAUGCUCUCUUACCUCAUUCUUAGUGAAGUAGAUUGUGCUUCCUCGUCUUCUUUUCGUGCCCUCGUAAAAUGAGACUAGGGAAACACCAUUGUUUAUGUAAAUGCAUGUCACCUCUUGACUUCCUUGAAUUAGUGAUGGCCAAAGACCUAAUAGAACCUAGAAUCUUGAUUCACAUGUCAAUCAAGUAACCUGAUCUUCCCGAAUGAUACAUGGCGAGCAUCAAUGGUGUUGGUGGAGGUGCCCGAGACGACAAAAAAUUGCAAAGAAUUGAAGAAACAGAGUUGAAAAUUCAUUGGCGAGCUGAAUAUGGCCAUGCGCACGAGCGUGCUCAGACUCAGAGUCCGAAACAUACACGAAACACUGUUGUGUUUGGGGUCGUGUUCGGGUGCGGCGACAACUCGAUUAAAGGGUAAAAUUAAGUUUUCUUUGGGGGGGGGGGGGGCUUGUACCCCCAAAUACUCAAAUGAUGAACCCUAUAGAGGGAGAACGAUCCUAGAGAGUCAUGGGAGUGAAUCUCAUUAUAGCUCAAGGAACAAGUAUAUAAGAGGAGAUUGAAGAUCAAUAGCAUAUUUCCAUCAUCACGAAGUCAAUCAUCUUAUUUUAUGUAUUAUCUUCUCUCUCAAUGGAGUACACUUCCUUUCACGCGGGUCUGAAGAACCCUAGUCAUGUUUAUUUGAUUUGAUGAUUGUAUGAGUACUAUUAUUUGCUAAACUCGAUUUCAUAUUCAAUCCAUGCAUGUUUACUGUUCAAUUGUGCUUUAAUUGAGAUUAUUGAUUCGGCUUUGACCUAUGAGAUGUAAUACCUGAUUAGGUUGAUAGAGCACUAUUGAUUGGAAGAUCGAGAUCAAAUGUUUGAGAGUGAGUCUAUUCAUUGCUUUGUAUUAGGUGAAAGUAUUACUCAAAUGGAGGGAGUCUACUUCUAAAUUGUCUCGGUAUUCUAUCCUCGUUGAGGAUAAUAUCCCUCAAAGCAGUAUAUGCAGAGAGGGUAUUGUCUGCUUUAAUUGAGAUUCAAGACUUGUUAAAGACUCUUUGCAUUGUGAAUGAAUGGUGAAAUAAGUUUGAGAAUCAUAAAUCAUUUACUAUUGGCUAGGGAAAAUCAUACCUUAGUGAGUUACUAAACUGUAAUCAGUCAAGUUAGUAUUUUCUUUGAUAGGUAAUAAGUUGAAGUUCACGAAUAGUACAUCUAGAUACCACUGGUUUCGAUGUGUCAUCAAAGGUGGUCACCAAAGUAGGGCAAAACUUAGUACUGCUCCCUUCCACAUCCACCUAUGUUCCCAUAUCACUUGGAUAUCCCGACUCGUCAAAACCUUAUAUGGACUAAGUUGUAAAGAACUACUCGUCUUUCAACUGUCUUCCUAUUUCGCCCCCCUUAAGACAACGCAACUCUUCACCAUUGAUGGGGUCCCAGGGUCAACGAGGGUUUUCCCAUUCAUCAAGAACUACACAUUUGGAUACCCUACCCAUUUCGGGUUUUACCCAUAUUUAUACUCACACGAGAAACGGGUAGAAAAUUAAAACUAUGUCCAUACCCGUUUGGGUUUCGGGUAUCCACGAUUAUCCAUGGAUAAUAAUUUAUCCCUAUAACUCCAACCGAUAUGUUAACAUUUACACGUAUACUCACAUUAUGUUAGAGGAAAAGUACGACAAUAAUUCACUAGAAUGAAGAAAAUUAAUUAACACAACUCGAUUUCAUGAAAAAUAUUAUAUUUAUAUGCUAAAUAUAAAAUAUGUUAGAGAAAAAUAAUGAUUAUUUAUAGACAAAAUACAUAUUCAUGUGUAUAAUCGAGCGAGUUCGUGUUGGAUAGUGAGAAAAUCAUGCACACCCAUUACCCGUAAUAUUCGGGUUCGGGUUUUACCCGUACCCACUAAAAGUACGGUAUCGGUAUCCCAAUACCAAAUACCGAAAUCCCGAAUACCGAAUUACACCCUAAAAUCAAUCACAAUCCCUAAAUAAUUUCGGUAUCCCAAUUUCAAUCCCUAAAUAUUUUGGUAUCCCAAUCGGUAUUUCGGUAUCCCAAUCAGUAUUAUCAAAUACGAAAUUAAUUACCUUUUCAAUUAAUAAAUAAAAAUAGAAAUUAGAUUUUAUUGUUUAAUUUAGCAUAGAGAGAGUAAGCAAAGAGUCUUGAGUUUGCCUAGACCUAGGAUAUGGAUAAGGAGAAAGGAGGAGAGGUGGCAUCUCAAGUUCUUGUCAUUGGUAAUCUUUAAUUUGAUGAAUUGGAGGUUGAGAGAUGAUUAAUACUAGUGUUUGAUUUUUGGUUUUAUGAAAAUAACAAGAGAAUGGGUGAGAGACGAGAGUGACUAAAAUUGGAAAGUCAAAUUUGAGUUGGAUGAGGACUUUUAAAUUGUGAAAUAGUGAUGAAAUGAUCUAUGCAUAAUUAAAUGACACUCUUGAU